ACAGAGCAGUGGGAGUGGAAGGGAUGAUGGGGAUGUGCAUAUAUCACAGUACUAUAGUGUGGGGGUAUACUUAAGCCUCCUAUUAGACAUAUUAAUGGUUCUAAGAAAAGUCUCAGCCAAGUCAUUGAGCAAAAUAUUCAUUUAGGUGAGGCAACAAGUGGGAAAGGAGAAGGAAGGACAAAGAGACAGAAAUCAUGCACAUAAUGCUUGCACCAUGCUCUUACUGCUAGUUACCCUAUGACAGUGCAGAUUAACAUUGCCAAAACUGAAGACAGAAGCACUGAAGUGUGUAACUGGGUUCUGGGAGACAGCCUAUGAGCUUUGUCUCUCCUCAAAUUUCUCACUGUUCUGUGAUUUAGUAGCUGUGGUGUUCUAUUGCACUCUGCUGCACUGGCUCCUCGGUCUCAGGCAGAAAAUGAGCUACAAUCUCUUCCUCCUGGCUUUUGCCCUGGGCAUUGGUGGAGGUUUCCAGUAUGGGUUGCAGGUCUCCGUUGUCAAUUCUCCUGCUGAGUACAUAAAAAGUUUCAUCCAUGAGACCUGGGUGAGGAGAUAUGGCUUUUCUGCCACUGAAGAGUUGAUUACUUUGAUGUGGUCCUUUAUCGUGUCCGUUUACAGCAUCGGUGGGCUGCUGGGGGCCUUGUCUGCCGGGUAUUUGUCUGUAAGAUUUGGAAGGAAGAAGACCAUGCUGCUCGCCAAUAUCCCUGCUGUGCUGGGUGCAGCUCUGAUGGGACUCAGCCGGCUGUGUGGAUCCUUUGAGAUGAUCAUCGCUGGAAGAUUAUUUUCUGGAAUGGGUGUAGGUUUAGGUCUGAAUAUCCACAUCAUGUUUGCUGGGGAGUGUGCCCCACGAAAUCUCCGUGGGCUGCUUGCCAUAACAGCUUCUACUGCCAUUGCCCUCGGAAAGUUCACAGGAUUUGCUUUGGGUCUCAGGGAAGUUCUCGGAGUGGAUGCUCUCUGGCCUGUUCUCAUGGCAGCACAUGCGGUCCCUGCCCUCGUGCAGCUUCUCACCCUCCCCUUCUUCCCAGACUCUCCCCGCUACCUGCUUAUUGACAAAAAGGACAAGGAGGGGUGCAUCAAAGCGGUGAAGCAGCUCUGGGGAGAUGGUGACCAUAUGGCUGAAAUAGAUGACAUGCUGGCAGAGCAAGAAGCCAUCCAUGGAGAGAGGGCUAAGAGCGUUUGUGAUCUUUUUCGUGACCAAGCUGUCCGUUGGCAGCUCAUUACUCUCUUCCUUAUUGUCUCAUGCAUGCAGCUCAUUGGCAUCAAUGUGGUUUACUUUUAUGCAUACAAUGUCUUUAUCAAAGCCGGAAUCCCCCACGCUCAAACCCACUAUGUCUCCCUGGGAAUUGGGAUCACCGAGAUCCUCACUACCAUUGUGAGUGGUUCACUGAUCGAGCGUGCGGGGAGGAAGACGCUGCUGUGGAAAAGCCACACCAUUAUGGCCUUGGUGCUAGGGCUCCUCACAGUCACACUGUCACUACAGGAUGCCUUUUCCUGGGUACCAUACUGCUCUGUUGCACUCAUCUUUAUUUUCAUCAUGAGCUUUGGCAUUGGGCCAGCUGGAGUAUCAUGCUCCUUGCCCACAGAAAUAUUUCUACAGUCAUACAGACCGGCUGCUUAUGUUUUGAAUGGUGCUUCAAACUGGAUCCAACUCUUCAUCCUUGGACUUUUGUUCCCUUUCAUUGUGGAAAGUCUUGGCAGUUUCUGUUUCAUAAUUUUCCUGAUAUACUGUCUGUCCGUGGCUAUCUUUGUCUUCCUGGUGAUGCCAGAGACUAAAGGAAAGACCAUGCUGCAGGUUACGGAGGAAUUCAACCGUCUGAACUACCGUGGAAAGAAGAGACAGACAGCCCUACAGCAGAAUAACUGCUCAGUGAUGACUGUUACUAGACUUUAAUAACAAACUUGCCAUUCCAUAUUUUGCUCAUUCGUUACUGUAGUGCCAAGAAGCCUCACUAAGCAAGAAAGAAUCCACUGCUCCACAAACAGGACAAAUGUGUAUUUUUAAAAUAAUCACCUGCAGAGCAGGGUGCAGGAUGAACUUGGUGGUUCUCUCCAACUGCUGAAAUCUGAGCUGAACUAAAUCCUCUGCAGAAAAAAAUUAAACACGCUGUAUGAAGACGUAAGAUCUCUGCCAGUCCCUGAAAGUUAGCAUCUGUGUAAGCUGAAAACAAUGGAUCUGCUAUUUUUCUUACCAAAACCAGGACUCCACAGUUACCGGAGGAAGCAAGCGUAGAAGAUUCGUAUGUACAGAAUACUUGCGAAUCAGAGAGGAAAAGGGGACAGAGCUUUCACAUUGAAAUUAUCUGCUCCUAUUAAGAAGUCGGUGCUGCUGAGAUUCCCCAGAUGAAGUGUUUAGCUUUUUAAUCCAGUGGAAGAAGAGUACCUUGCCUGUCAGCAGCCAGAAUUGGUAUGCAAUGUUUCCCCUCUAACAAUUAGACUUGAGAGCAAGUACACGGUACAAGUGAGGAAUGUUUAGUGUCUUACAAGACACUAAACCCUCAUUUCCCUAUACAUGUCUUUUGUAACAUCUUGUCCAGCAUGCGUGACUUCUUCCCUUCUUCCUUCCUGCUAAUAAAUACUGUCUGCAA